GCUGCAGAUCAGUUGGACUUUUAUAGCGGUACCUGUGGGAAGUGUUUCGUUACGGCCCCAGCGACUCCAGAGGUUCGCUACGCGUUUACAUUUUCUUUGCCUGUUUCUUCCCUAUCCUAAAUUUACAUGCGUGUGUGUUUGACAACGCAAACGACGGAAUUUCUCGCGCGAGGUUUCCCGGCAUAUUUUUAGCCCUAUCGGUGAUUUCGCAGCGGUCAAAGUUGAAUGAAAUUACAGUUUGUGCAUCGGAUUGGUUUCAUGUACUGAGAAAGAGAUAUAAAGAGUGGGAUGCUGUGACAGUGAAUAUCUGCACUUCGUGGAGGUGGAGAAAACUUUCAAGAAUAUUGCGAUUGAAUGCAAGUUGUGUCGUGUUUUUUUCCCCAGAGCGCCUUGUAGCACAGAAAAUUAUCUCUGGUGGUAUUAUCUUUUGCAGUGAUAGCUUUUCCUUCGGUACAGGAAGGUUGUGAAUGGAAAUUGUGCGCGAGCUGUGUCAGUGAAUACUCAUCUGAAGUGCAAUUGAUGCUGCUGGGUGCUUUCGCGUGUUCAGCUAUCUUUGCGGAAAUGAAAUAGGGUCAACUUUGAAGAAUAAUGAUGUGGUACUACAGUUGAGGCUGUGCUGUGCCUAUUACACGUCUCUAUUCCAAUGGAUAAGGAUAGUUCAAACUAUUGGUGAACACUAAGCGAACAACAAUUAUACACGUGCAGGAUGAUGCAGAAUUAAAUCAUAGCUUGUAGGGAGAGACGUGGAGAAGUGGGGAACAUAUGAUAGCGAUGGUGGGAGCUAGUGGGAAGACGGGGAAGCUGUGAGCCGCGAGUGAAGGGCAACAGAACGGGUGAGCGAACAGUUUCUUCGGUGCGAAGUUCGCAAUUAUAUGCAAAGGAAAACGUGCGCGAAAAAGGGAGACCAACAUUGCGAAAAGUGGCUAAAAUAUGUGUGAAAUUAAAAAUUCAAAAUUGCGGCAAUAAAAAGUCAUCGGAAUUAAAUUAUUGAAGAAAUUUAUCAUCUGGAAACGCGUGGCCCCGAAGAAGUUUGCCGCGAGGAGGAAAGAGACAGCGCGAGGAAACCUAUCGACGAAGGCAGUAAAAAUGCGCGAAUCGAUGGCGAAGAAGAAUUUCAAAUAAAACCUGUUUGUGACAUUUUCGCCCAUAUCUCUUUCUUUAUUUUCGACAUAAAAUUUUUCAAUAUGUGCAUGAAAAAAAUAUUUUAUAAAUUAAGUGGAACGUACCGCGCGCAGUUGGGCUGAAAAUAAAGUACAUAAAUAACAGCAUCGAAUGAGCAUCAGAAGAAGCGAAAGGAGGGGCAAAGGAAAGUGAGUUAGUGUGCGAAGGAGAAAGGAAAGGAAAGAUCGUUUGGCAGCCCACGACGGGAUCAACGGAAUCUUUCGCAUGUGCUUUGGAGUUACUCUGCAUGUGUGUGUGUUUAUGUUGGGAUGUGUUGUUUUUUUUUGCUCGCGGUUUCCUCGAAACAACCUUCGUGUCCAGCUGAGCCAGCAAACAUCUCUCGGCUAGUGUCUACCGGUUUUCUUUAUAUCGUUUUCGUUGACUCAAGUAGACUCGAGAGCGGCGACCGGAGUUCAAAACGGUUGGGUGUGAUCGCGGAUUUUAGCGGACUACUACUGACUUGGACUGGUGGAGCGAGAUGAAGUUUCCUGAAUGAACUAAUGGCAUCCCGAUUUGGGCCUGUUUACUUAUGAUACCGAUUGCGUGGUGAUUCCCCAAUGCCGAGAAGAUGAAUUGUACAGCGCUGAAUAGCAAUCAAAUCGAAACAACCCCGAACAACCAUCCCCGAUUGGUGGCCCCCACCGCGGCCACGAGGAGUCCGGUAGGUGUGCCGAUGCCAACCACCUCCAGUUCUGGGAUAUUCUUCCAUCAUACGAAUAACCUGUUAGCAGUCCCCCGACAAAGUAACUCCGAAGAGGAAAACUCCCCAACCGAGCUAAACAACUGUCGGAAGUUGACCGAAAAACCUCCCUUAGUCAAACGUCUAACCAUGGGAAUCCUCCGAACGGCAGAAGACAGCCGACCGCUGGUCCACAGCUCAUCGCCAUCCAGUUCGUCUAGCUCCUCACAGACGAUCUCCGAUGGAUACGUGAACGAAGGAAUUUGCAGCGAAGCUGCGGAGGCAAAUGUAGUGUUCAACAAAUUUGGUGAUUCCUGCCAACGGUCGUUGGUAACCCAUAGCAACGCUGAUGGUACUCCGCGCUACAAUCACAACGCUCCGGUUUUAUAUCCACCCAACGGAACUACUGGCGCACCGAUGACCCUCCGUAAUGACAGUCUCAGUUUGAAGGAACAGCACGAACUGAAAGGCGCUCCCUGGUUUCAGGCGGGAAUCCCCAGGGAGAUCUCGCUGGAGGUUUUGUCGCGGCAGAGUCCGGGAGCGUUUUUGGUACGCCAGAGUACCACCAAACCAGGCUGUUUUGCUCUAUCGCUCAGGGUACCACCACCAGCACCAAAAGUAGCGCAUUAUCUAAUUUUAAGGACGAUACGAGGUUAUAAAAUUAAGGGCUUCACCAAGGAAUUCAGCUCGUUGCGAGCGCUGAUAACACACCAUUCUGUGAUGCCAGAACUGCUCCCAGUUCCGUUAGCACUUCCUCGUCCACCCCAGGCUGGCCAGCGGCAGGAAGAUCCCGAGAUGUACGGCUCGUUGAACGAGUUCCAGAAAAUAAUGGCCGAAUAGUGCUCCAUCGAUUCCUUUCGACACCAUCUUUGCCUCUCCAAAUGUGUAGAUGUAGUUAUUUUCUUCCACUCUUCCAGCGAAAGUUAUUCCACUUGAGAUAGUUGAUUGAAAUUUCGACUAGUCAUUUAACCAUUAGGGCAGUAAAAUACGAAAGUAACCGAAAUGUGUUAAUGAAUUGAAAACAUUGUGAAAAUCAAUUUGGCUUUAACAAAAAACAAAUUACUAAAAAAUCGUAGAAGAUAUAACCUGAUGUUGCAUAUAGACUUAGCGAAAAUCUAGUACCAAUAAUUCAAUUAUAUAAAGUAAAGUAAGUUUGUGAAAAAUGUGUAUAAAACGAUGACAGUGAUAAAA